CUUAUAGUAAACAAAAGCCUUGGCCUGCAGAAUACAAACCAAAACAUAUGCCGCACGAGGCAAGGUGAAGCCGUGCAAAUACACAGGAAGCACAUCGACUUGAGAAAAGGUAUUAGCCAUGCUGCCUUCCUUCUCGAACGGCGUUGCCCCGCGUUCUCGCAUCAACGGCAGCGGUCGGCCCUUCGGCAGCUACUGGCGUGCCCAGGAGCUGGCACGGGUGACCCGGCAGCCCGCAGCCCAGACGCCCGCCGGCUCAUCCAACGGGGUUGCCACUGCGGCUGUGGGCGGCGCAGACGGCGGCGGAACGAGCGGUGGUGCAGCCAGCAGCGGUGGUAGCAGCAGCGGAAGCGGUGAAGUACUGCUGCUAGCUAGCAGCGGCAGCAGCGGUAGCAGCGGUAGCAGCGGUAGCAGCGGUAGCAGUGGCAGUGGUAGCAGCGGCGGCGGUAGCAGCGGCGGCAGCGGUAGCAGUGGCGGUGGCGGCAGCGGCAGUAGCAGCGGCGGCGGUAGCAGCGGCGGCAGCGGUAGCAGUGGCGGUGGCGGCAGCGGCAGUAGCAGCGGCGGCGGUAGCAGCGGCGGCAGCGGUAGCAGUGGCGGUGGCGGCAGCGGCAGUAGCAGUAGCAGCGGUGGCGGCGGCGGUGGAGGGGGUCCGCAGCAGGGGCAAGGGCAGGCGUUGACCGUCGCCCUGAUCGAGGCGGCGGCGCAGGUCGCCAUUGCGAUGGCCCUGUACUGCGGGUUGAGCCAGCUCGGCUCAUGGAUGAAGGAGGGGGCGACGGAGGAGCUUGAGGAGGAUGACAGCGCGCGUCCGCCGCCGCUGCCGCCGCAGCAGCAGCAGGAGGCGCUAUCUAUCUACCGGCGGUCCAUCCAGCCCCUUCGCUCGGCAGCAGCGGCCCAGCGUACGAUAGCGGCCGCAGCAGGCCUAGCUCGACCGAUUGCGUGGCGCCUGUGGGGCAGGGUCGAGUGAAGCUGGCGGCGUCGCGCAUCGACGCGGGAUUGGGUUUACUCGGGCGGUGAGGGGGUUAACGUUGAACCAAUCCCGUAAGGAAGCAGUGAGGGGGAAGUACAAGUAAGCAAGUAAGGGUGAGGAGGAGCGUGCUGCUAGGCAGCUCUCGGCCGCCGCUCGCCGGGGCCUAUGCAGGCGCGCGCGGUGCCCAUGAACGUGUCGGCGGUAUCGCCGUAAUGAGGCGCUGCUGUUGCUGCUGUAAGGAAAUGUGGUU